AUUACCAAAAGAUUUUGAAUCAUUUGCAUGAAGAUAUAGUGUCAUAUUUAUAGGCAUAUGUGCUUAUUCGGGACUCGUUAGGGUUUCGUGCAAUAAAAGCCCAUUGAUGGAGUAAAAAUACAUAAUUUAAUAUUAUAAUUUGAGUUAUUGGACUUGGUAGGUGAUGCCCAAUUCUAAAGAGUUGUCUUCCGUACGAUACAUACCAUUGACAGUGACAUAUUGAGGUGUGUGUCGUCGUUGAAAAAAAAAAGAAUGUCAGGAUAAUGGAUGUCCCUCUAAAAAGGUCAUCUCCUUUUUGUCGUGCACAUUUCUAAGGUCUAUAGAGGAGACAAGCUGCUAAAUUUCUCAGGAUAGUGCCAGAGAUGUACCACGUACGUAAGCAGUAUCUAGAAAGCUAGACCCUUCUAGAUAAUCGCUUUAGCUUCUGCUCUUAGAUAACCGAUGAUAGUAUUCAUUCCCAAUAUUACUUUUGUCCUUCAACUUUAUUUAGCUUAUCCAUACCAUGUGAACGAGACUUCACCUCUUUGAAUAUCUAGACUAAAGUUGGAGUUAUUGGAAAAGUGAAGGUUAAUUUCUGAUUAUUCAAUGAGCAUCUUGUAUUUCAUAAAAAUUAGAGGCAAAAUAAUCCUUACGUAAAGGCCAUCCUAUCCAACUUUCGGGCAUUACGAUACGUUUCAGACGUGGAUGAUUAUCAUAAUAGAUUUCCAACAUAUCAUAAGAUUCUCUUUUUCAAAAAUAUGUACUUUUCCGAACCCAGAACACAGACGGAAUUCUAGGAUUCCGCCUUGAAACAAAUACUUUUAUACAUACUUCUUUCGGUUGAUCUAUAGCAUACUUUAUUCUCGUAAAAUAAUAUACCUUAGCUAACGUUGAAUUACCUUUCCAAAAACUUGAAGGAUUCGAAUUGUACUUUUGUACUGGACCAGUGAUGGGCCCGGUACCUUAAUGGCCUCCACGAGAGGCCACAUGUCAUAACAUCUACUAUAACAAUAGUAUACACUCUUAUAUAUAAAAAAAAAAAAAAAUUACAACUUCUCUAUAUAAUAAAAACAAAAAACUCCUACAAUAAGAGCGUGUUUGGAAGUCACUAUGUAAUUACUAGCUAAUAACUGUACAAUAAGUAUAUUUGAAUAUAAUGUAGUAAUUACACAAUAUAAUAAUAUUUUUUUAAUAAAUAAUAUUUAACAUAUAAUUUUUUUAGUAAUUACACUUAAUUUUUAUAAGGAACAUGAGAAUUGAAGUGUAAUUGAAACAGCUAAAAGUCACCAAUGGUGCUAUGUGUUAUAUCGUUAUUACUACAAUCAAGUAUCAUCUCAUAUAAUUUAACAUAAUAAUUUUUAUAAAAUAUCAUUUAUAAUAGUGCUAGACCUCAAUAAUAUUUUGUACUUCCAAAAUAUGUAUAUUUCUCUUUCCAUUAUUAAUUAGUAUGGACCCUAUGGUCCUUUUGGAAAUUCAUUGUGGUUAAGAAAUUUCAUCAUCAUUCAUCGCAACAAUAAAUGUAUACAAUUUAUUACCUUACAAACAAAAGAAAAAAAUCAUCAUCACUAACGUCAUUUCUUACACUUCCUUUAUAUCCAUAUAUACCGAUGUAAAACCGACACUUUCAUUCUUCCAUAUAGCUAAGUAUUUUGUAGCUUUGUCAUUUCAUUACAAAUUACAUCUACAUAUAACGACUCGCUUCACGUUAUAAUGACACAUUUUGAUGGUCGUCGUUUCCUUGUUUUGGCUUACCCCGCCCAAGGAUGUCUCAACCCAUCUUUAAUUUUCGCCGAAACACUCAUUCGCGUCAUACCAAACUCACAAGUCACUUUUGUCACAAGUCUCCAUGCCAACCGACGUCUUACCACCACCAAACAAUCAUCAUUACCUAAUGAUAAUGGGGCAAAUAACACCUCAAAUUUAUCGUUUACUCCAUUUUCUGAUGGCUUUGACGACGGUUUCACAAUAGAUGACAUUGAACGCCAGGUGCUAGAGUUCAACCGUCGCGGUUCCCAAGCAGUUUGGGAAAUCCUCGAGGCCGCGCGCAGAGAAGGUAAUCCAUACACUUGCUUAGUUUACAACUUUAUUCUUACUUGGGCUGCUGACGUGGCCGCGGAGCAUAAAGUUCCCGCGGCCAUGUUUUGGUUACAACCGGCGACAGUUUUUAAUAUUUACGACAAUUAUUUUCAUGGGUAUAAAGAAAUCAUUCGUGAUAAUAGUAAAAAUUCUUCCUUUUCGUUAUCAUUUUCGGGAAUUCCAUUUCCCAUGAGCACCAAAGACCUUCCCUCAUUCAUGGAUGAGUCAACUGAAAAAAGUUCUUAUAUAAGAUUCUAUCAAGAAAUAUUUGAAGGUUUAGAGAAAGAAGGUACUAACACUAAGUUGGUAUUAGCAAACACUUUUGAUGAAUUGGAACCUGAGGUUAUAAGAGUAAUUAACAAUAAGUUUAAUCUAAUUGGAAUCGGACCGUUGAUUAAAUCUACUUCAUUUAAGGGUAGUGAUCUUUCUCAACAAUCGUCAGUAGACUACAUCGAAUGGCUUAACACUAAGCCUAAAACGACAGUGAUUUAUGUGUCAUUUGGGAGUAUUUCGAAUUUGUCAAAGCGACAAAUGGAGGAAAUAGGUAAAGGGUUGUUGGAAUUUGGUCGUCCUUUCUUGUGGGUCAUAAGAGAAAAUGUGAAAGACAACAAUAAUAAUAGCGAGUUGAGUUGUAGAAAAGAGUUGGAUAAGCUUGGAAUGAUAGUGUCGUGGUGUUCUCAAAUGGAGGUUUUGAGUAAUGAGUCGAUUGGGUGUUUUUUGACUCAUUGUGGUUGGAACUCGACGUUGGAGAGCUUAGCUUCGGGUGUUCCAAUGGUGGCAUUUCCGCAAUGGACAGAUCAAUGGACGAAUGCUAAGCUCGUAGAGGAUUUGUGGAAAACAGGAGUGAGAGUGAAGCCUAACGAGGAUGGAAUCGUCACAAGUGGAGAAAUCAAAAGAUGUUUGGAGUUAGUAAUGGGAGAAAAUGAAAAUGGAGUGGAAAUUGUAAGGAGUAAUGCCAAGAAAUGGCAAAAUUCUAUUAAAGAAGCAAUGAAGGAAGGUGGUUCAUCGGAAAAGAACUUUAUUAAUUCUAUGACAAAUGUAAUUUAUUGAUAAGUUUUUCUAUUUUGAAAACUAAAUAAGAAAUUGUUAAUCCAUAAAGAGUAAAUUUUGAAUUUUGAAAUAAAUAGUGUAAUCUUAUAAAUGUUGCACUGUUACAUCGUAUGUUUUGAUAUUUAAGAAAAUUUUUUAGUUCAA